AUGCACUUAUUAUUUAUAAUACCAAAAUACCUCAAAAUAAAAUGUCCAUCAGUCAUCACCCAAUUUCGUGAAGCUUUGGUAGACCAAACUCUUGGAUUGGACCAACCAAAAGGUACUCAAGAACAUAUAAAACUUUCUAGAAGCUCAAUAUCAUUGAAACACAAAUUUCAAGAAACAUUCGAAAAAUGUAGCCGAAACCGUAAAACACGUAAACGGUGCAGUUAUUGUUAUAAGGAAAAUGCUGUAAAUUUUGUCCUCUAUGUCCUAGUGCUAUUUUCAAAAGCAUAA